UAUGUCCAGGUUGUAGGGAUGGCUUCUCGAAAAAUCUAAAUCGUGGGUAUGGCCAUUCUCAGGCUUCUUUUCUUUUUUUCGAUUUUUUUGUAAAAUCUAUCUUAUCCAAAUUUUUUUUGGCGUGUGCUUUUAUUCUACAACAGGAUUUUGUGAUCUGUCAAACCAAUUGGGAAAUUAAUUUAUUCUGUAAUGCGAUCGGUAUUUAGGAUUUUCUUAAUCCAUAAAAAAUCAAAUUGAUGAAUUGACCCCAUCUCUAGCAAAGUCAAAAUGACUCAAACAAUGUACGCAGAGCGUUGCAACAUAAUUUUGUGAUAGCCACAUGGCUUGACUGUUUAUUCUUUAUCCACGUUUACUGCAACCAAGAAUAGAGGAUGGAUCAUGAGGACGAGUUUCUUAACGCCUUCUUCACGCAAGUCGCUCAAUUAUGCUCCGACAAAGCUAAGGAAACAGUUGAGAGAGAAAGGGAAUCAUGUAAACAAAUGCAAAUGGGUCCAUGGGGAAUGCUCCUGAUGCAUUUACCACAGAUAGCUGUGGCAGAGCGUUCAUAUGCAGAUUUAGGUUUCCUCAAUACCAAAAACAAAGGUUUCCUCAGAAAAGAUAAUUCUCUAAAGACUAUCUACGAAUCAUUGAAAUCUGAUUUGAAAAGAUUGGAGGAAAUGACCAAGGGAACAAACUCUAUUGGUACGACAGUUGCAAAUGUUUCCAAUCAGCUCUGUCAAUUCAUUACAGCAAGAAUCCAACUGAUAGAUUUCUAUGAGAAAAUGUACAAUAUGAGUGUAAAUAGUAAAGUUAUGAAGCAUCAAGAAUUGCUGCAGUGUAUAGAAGGAAUAGUGACAUGUUAUUUGUUGUCUUGUUCUCAUUUAGCAUUGAUUGCUAUCAAGACCAGUUUAACAUUAGAAUGUGAAACGCUAGUACAACUAAUGACAGCACAAGUGGAAGUUCAAAGGUGGAGGUUUUUACCAACUCUAAUGGCUCUCUAUGGAGCUCAAACUCGAAUGUCAGCUUGGGAAAGAACUCUGCAGAGCAAGGAGUCUUGGAAAUUGGGCUUUAGUGCAACAUUUCUCAAGGCGAAUCAACAACCAGCGUUAUAUCAAUGGUUGAUGAAACUUCGUGGUGCCAUAUUAGCUAAGUGUUCUCUAUAUUUUCACACUACUUUAAGUCAACAAGCUAGUCCAGGAGAGAUGAGGAAUAUUAUGAGCAAGCAGAGUGCAGAUUACUAUCAUAAAAUACAGAGCUUUCAGAGGAAAUAUGACAUACUAGCGGUAUUGAUAAUCUUCGACUCUAGAGAAACUGAUAAUUCAGGCCCGGGAUACAGGCAUCCGGGAAGAGGUGUAAACUUGUCCGAGACCUUUCCUGUUGUCGUUUCUUGUCCUAAUAUAUUUACGCAGAAAUCGAUACACUUGGAUAAUAUUCAGACCAAAAUAAAGGAGCGACAGGCCGAACUUAUCAUUAUGGACAAAGUGAUUUACCAUAAAAGCACAAAAGAUAUGUGUACAUACGCUUUUUAUAACACUGAUCUUACAAUGACUCUCGUGAUCGUGUUUGAAAACGGUAAACUGAAGGAUAAGGAAACUCACAUUACGUCGUUUAUGAUGGACUUGUCUAUGCAAAUUAGAUGCAAUAAGAUUUAUGAAUGUCUCAAAUUAUCGAAAUAAAUGUCUUUAUGUGAAUACAUUUAUGAUAAUAAACAAUUAUGCCAAAGACCUAA